AUGGACGCGGCAUCAUUGAUUCUGGGCAUUUUACCCUUAGUUGCGGGCGCCAUCAAAGGAUACGGCGUACUGAAGAAGAAGUCAGACAUUUUUCGGCAUUACUCCCGAGAGCUGAAGCGUAUACAAAAGAGUCUCAACGUGGAACGGGAUGUCUUUCUAUGCGAGACGGAAACGAUGGUCCUUGCAGCUAUAGACGACUACUCGCUGGUAGGAUGUAUGAUCGAAGAUCCUGACCACCCUCAAUGGCGCAGUACAACAGUGGAAGAGUCAUUCAAGGAAGUUCUAGGACGCAGCUACGAUGAAUAUUACGAUACAAUCAAGAGCAUUUCUCAAGCGAUUCAAGAAAUACAGACAGAACUUGACUGCUUCGACGCAUCCGAGAGACAUGUGGCAGAGAAACAGAAGGAGGUAUUCCAACGGCUUCGCGACAGAUUCAAAGCAAGCUGGAAACAACCCACGCUCGAAGGGUCCCUAGCAAGUCUGACUCGAUGCAAUGGUAGUCUUCAGCGCCUUGGCAAACAGGCGAGAAAGAUUCAAGAGAUGCUAGCAAAGAAGACUGUGACCGACGGCCCUAAGAAACAACUUCCAAGGAAUUAUGAAGACUUUGAACUGGUCAGACGCGCCUCCAAAGCCGUUUACCUGGCUCUGUCGAAUGCAUGGUCUUCUCAAAACGGUGGGCGCCAGCCACCAAAAUCCCAUCAACACGAUGUUAGAUUUUUCUUGAAUACAACGGUCAUAGGCAGUAUGUCUAUGGAAUUAUUGGUGGCAUGUUCAAGCAAUGCGGCAAGAGAAGCAAAUGCGCCCAACAACCAUCCUAUCUCGCAGCCACUCAGACUUGAAAUCAAAUCCGAGGUCAUACAGAGGGUUGACUUCGUACCCCAGUCACAUUCAAACCCAAUCAGUGCAAUCAUAGAAGAGGGCCAGCCCAAGCAGCGAAAGGUGCGGUUUCAAGACGACGACACUCAUCGAAUGGGUAAAGAGAGUCCACCAGCGACACGUGCCCAACAGGAUGCCUUUGACAAGUCACACAUUCCAAACCUUCUGGAUCGGGAUUUAUGCUCCUUUCUGCACCAGACAGCUUCCAGGACUGGAAAAAGUGCUUGUACCGAAUGCGUCGGAUACCUCGAUUCCUGGUCCGAUGAGACUUUUAGGCACUCUAUCUAUGAUGUCGUUCCCAGUGCCUUUGACUUAGCGAGCGUGGUAUCCAUUCAGCAACUGCUUGAUAGCUAUUCAGCGGAAAGGUGCGUGAGAAUGGUGGACCAACUCAAACUCGCGCUCUCUUUAGUUGCCGCGGUACUCAAAUUCCACUCGACCCCAUGGCUGGCGCAGUAUGUCACCCUGAGGAAUGUCUCAUUGUUCCACACGAGUCAGGACUUUGAAGAAUGGCUCCCAACUUUACACUUUGACACAACUUUUGUGGACAAUCGACCGCAAACAUUGACGGAGGAGCAAGAGGCAGUUGGUAAGGCCAGCCAAGGGAACACCACGGAUACAAUGGCAAGAGUGAUUGAGAAUGCGAAAUUCGAUCACGGCAUUCGUAACAUGACUCUCUGGUGUCUAGGCGUCAUCCUACUUCAAGUCGGGCAUUGGUCACGUAUCGCCGAGCCAGACGACGUUCGCGCAGUGCGCCAGCUUUCAUGGGAGCCGACUGACUUUGGCGAGGAUUACGAAGAACUUACCCGACGGGUCCUCGAAUGCGACUUUGGCUUUGGCGGAGAUCUGUCGCAGGUCAAGCUCCAGCGAGCCGUGUAUGAGAGGGUAUAUCUUGAGCUUGCCAGCAUGAUUGAUAAAGUAGACAUACCCAGGUACUGA